AUGGUUGCUUCCAUAACUAACGGCCGUCCAGCGGCAGUGAGGUCUCGCAAUAUAGCUAUUUUGAGUGUUGCUGCUGUUAUAGCAGGGAGCUGGCUCACAUUUCGUGCCCAAUCGCCCAACAAGUCCGAUCUUCUUUUAUCCGAACACGACAAGAAGACGAUGAUUGGGGGGCAGACAGGAGAGGAUAAAGUUGGACGGGCCCCAUUAACGAAGACAAAGGACAAGCCUUAA